UAGAGCGUAUAACAAACGUAAGUUUGACGUUUCAAACAUAAACAAUCGAAAUGAGUUUGACAGCUGAAAGGAAAGCAUUGAAAAAGAGAGCGAUCUGUUGAAUUCAAGUAAAUAUUCGGUUUGCAUGAGUGUCUGAAAAGGAAAAAUGGUUAAAUUCAAUGCAGGGCAUCAAUGUCUAUUUUGCCAGCAAAUAUUCGAUAGUGCCGCUGACAAAGACGAUCACAUUCUGGAGCAUUUUGCUCAGGAAACAUGUGCGGAAUGCGAUGAAAACUUGAUUCGAAUCGGUGGAUAUUUAUAUGUUCGGCACAAUGAAACGACAUGUAUAAAGAAGGUGUCGAUCUCGGAAGAAAUUGUCAAAUCAUCUACGAUCAUUAAAUCAGUUGCAGCAACGACAGUGUCGGACCCUUUGGAAUAUGAUAAACGUAGUACUGCUACAAAUCUGAUAACAUCGGAUGAAUGUGAAACGAGAACGCCAGAAAUUAAAACAGAACCAGUUGAUCAACAUGGGAAAGUGGACGUCUUGAUGGAUACUGGGUCAUCAACACAUGGCAGUACGAUACAGCCCUCGGCAUCAGUUGAUCGUUUGAUACUGAGCAGAUUUCCGAAUAUCAACCUCAAUUCAGUGGUUGUGUUGGAAGAUAUAUUUCUCAGUUCAUCAAAGUUGGUCAGCAAUGCCGCUAAGUCGAUCCCUAUGGACACAGGUGCAACAAUAACACCACAAAUUGAGGGAGAUUCAGCUGAUCGGCACGAGAAAGUAGAUAUGUCAAUGGAUGCCGGUAGCUUAGAAUCAACGAUAUCAACCCAUGGUUGUGCGAUAAAACUGUCGACAUCCGUUGAUUGUUUGGCGAUACAAAGAAAAUCUCUAAGUGUCAAUAUAAAUCCAGUUGUUGUGUUAGAAGACAUUUUGAAGAAAACAGACGUGAUGCAUCCACCUCAACCAAAACGCAGCAAGUUGGAUGAAGACUUGGAACUGGAGAUCAAACAGGAAGUCGUGAUGCAUGAAAAUCAUGAGCAAAUUGAUGAGCAGCGCAAAAUUCAACCUGAGACUCAAACACAUGACCUACACCAAUCGAACGUUGGCACUGAACAACUGAAUACCGUUUCGCACAUUUGUGAGGCAUGUGGAAAGUCAUUUGAAACCGACGCACAGUUACGGAUCCACGCCUAUAUUCACACAGGAUCGAGACCAAACAAAUUGCGUGAAAAGUAUAUCAGAGUUCGUAGAAAACGAUAUCAUCAUUCAAGAAUGCACCCUGGUUUACAGCUGCACUAUUGUUCAAUUGAUGGCUGCAAUAGUCGAUAUGGUAAUGUCCAGCUUUUGCGACUACACAAAGCCAAAGUGCAUGGCACAGACACAUUCAAGUUCAAAUGCAAGAUUUGCUAUGGCGUCUUUGACACGGAAGAUAAUCUCAAUGAUCACAUGCAGGCAAAACACCCAAAUUAUGCCACUAUAGGUGAAAUGUCUGAUUCUCCGAAGCAACAAAAUCAUCCGAGCAGCAGCUGUAAUGAAUCCUUGCAAAGUGAACCAGACCAUGUGUCUACUCGUGAUAUCGACGAAAUGAAUUUGAAAGGUACUUACGAAGGAUGUGAACAACGUUGUGAAAAUCAUCAGGGAAGCACAUUGCCUGGCAUCGCACACAAAAUCAUCCCAACCGAUUCCUUCUUUGAAAGUCGCUUGCAUGAGCAUUUUGGCUUUAAUUGUGAUUGGAGCUAGCAAACCGCAC